AUGGUAUCUCCAUUUACUGAUGAUUCCUUUGGAUGUAGUUUUCUUUUCAAUGCUGCAAAAUCUCAACAACACUUACUUGUACGGCUGCACAAUGUGACCAGAUUAUGCCACAGUAAACGCAUGCUUACUGUCAAUGGUGGGCAGAUGGACCGGCAUGUCCAGGCCAUACUUCACCGGUCAAGGCACGUUGCUAACUCCAAUGUUGCUGGAAUUCUUGAAUACGAAAAAAUUUCUGCUAAAAACCACUCAAAAAUUUCAAUCAAAGGCCUCCAACUCCCUACCCUUCCACCAAACAACCAAACUUCCUUCGUUGCAAAUUUCAGUAAUAAGUUUAGCUGUUUCGCAACUGCCCAAUUUCCAGCCAACGACACCAGCAUUCUCGGUGCUGAAGCCACCCUCGCCAUCUUCAUGGCUACAACUUUUCUUGGCCAAGGUUUUGGGAACUUUAAUCCUCAAAAGGACCAUCCCAUUUUCAACCUUGUCAAUCCCGUUGAAAAAAAUACUAUGAGCGUGCCUUCUGGUAAAUGGAUAGCCAUACGUUUUCGAGCUGAUAAUCUGGGCAAUGGAGACUUGAAGGAAAAGUUCUGCCACUACAAUCCCAAAAAUCGAGCAGAGGUCAAAAUGACACAAACCCAACUUCAAGCCGUGACUCUCCUUUCCAAAAUGCUGAAAAACCCGCCUCUGGAAGCACUUUCACUCUUCAAUUCCGCAACCCAGCAAGGCCUCUAUCACACUCACCAGUCCAUAACGGUGAUUCUUCACCACUUUCUCUCCUUUGACAUGCCAUCUUACGCUCAGUCUCUCAUCCAAAGAGUACUUUGCGGUGGCCUCACAUCCCCAUUAUUUACGCUUUCUUCUCUUCUUAGCCAUUUAACCCAAGACACUAGGAAUUUCAAUUGUCCACUUGUUUAUGAAGUGAUUAUUAAUGCUCAUGUUAAUUCUCAGUUGCAACCCGAGCAAGCCCUUUUUUAUUUUGAUCAAAUGAUUGAUAAAGGGUUUGUGCCCCAGUCGACUACAUUGAAUAAUGUACUGAAUUUUCUUGUGAAGAGGAAUAAAUUCGAGAAAGCUUGGUUUGUAUUUGAUAGAUAUAAGGGAAGAAUUGUCACGGAUGCGUACACUUUUGGGAUUUUGAUGAAGGGUUGUCGUGAUACUGGUGAUUUGAAGAGAGGUUUUCAGGUUUUGGAUCAAAUGUCUAGCAUGGGUUAUAGUCCAAAUGUUGUUGUAUAUACUACGUUGAUUGAUGGGUGUUGUAAGAAUGGUGAAGUUGAAAAGGCAAAGGAAUUGUUCUGUAAAAUGGAAGAGCUGGGUUUGGUUGCUAAUCAGUAUACUUACACUGUUUUGAUAAAUGGGCUCUUUAAGAAAGGACUUAAAACGGAUGGAUUCGAGCUAUAUGAGAAGAUGAAGCUUGAUGGGGCUUUGCCCGACUUGUAUACUUACAAUUGUGUGAUGUAUGAGUGUUGUAAGGAUGGUAAGAUAAGCGAAGCUUAUGAACUGUUCGAUGAAAUGCGUGAGAGAGGAGUGGCAUGUAAUGUUGUGACAUACAACACUUUGAUUUGGGGAUUAUGCGGAGAAAAGAAGAUGAGGGAAGCAGAGAAAUUGCUAGUUCAGAUAAAACAGGAUGGAUUGAGCCCUACUAUAGUUACUUACACCACAUUGAUUAAUGGAUACUGUCAUACUUGGAAGUUAAAUAAAGCUUUGAGUUUAUUUAAUCAGUUGAAGUCAUUUGGUUUAACACCUUCAUUGACUACCUACAAUGUCUUAAUUGCGGGAUUUUCAAGAACAGAGAAUCCAUCACGAGUUUUAGACUUAGUUCGCGAGAUGGAGGAGAGAGGCAUUUCUCCAUCACAAGUGACAUAUACCAUACUGAUUGAUGCCUUUGCUCGAUCUUUUGACAUGGAAAAAGCAGUUCAGAUCCUUUCCCGCAUGAAGAAGGCUAAUUUGUUGCCAGACGUUUGCACUUAUGGUGUCUUGAUAAACGGCUGGUGUUCUCAAGGCAAUAUGAAGGAAGCUUCCAUGUUAUUCAGAUCAAUGGAUGAAACCAGUGUUCGACCCAAUGAUGUAAUAUACAACACUAUGAUCUCUGGAUACUGCAAAGAGGGUAGCUCCUACAAAGCCCUGAAGCUCCUCCAAGAAAUGUGUGAAAAACGAAUAAUACCUAAUGAGGCUAGCUAUAACAUGACAAUCCAAGUACUUUGGGAUGAUGAGAAGUGGGAAGAUGCUCAAAUUCUAUGUACUAACAUGAUUAAGUAUGGUCUACGACCAUCCAAAACUCUCUUUGAUAUUACGUCUAAAGCAAAAGCCAUCAAUGUUUAG